AUGGUCUUUACGUCUAUCACACUUCAUUAUUUUGAUUAUCUUCCAGGAAAAAAAACAACGGCCGCGUUGGGUGAGAACAUUCAUCUGUUACUUAAAGAUGCAGGGUUGGAUUAUACUUAUAUUCGACACAAGAAUGAUGAAUGGCCUACAAUUAAACAAGACAUGGUGGAGAACAAACAUAUCUUUGGACCCACCAUGCCAUUUAUAGAAAUCGAUGGAUUUGCCUUUAACAAAACUGUACCUGCUAUGCGAUACAUCAGUAAACAAUUAGGCAAGUAUCGUGGGAAAGAUGACAAGGAGGAAUAUGAAUUGGAUGCUGUGGCUGAUAUCACUCGCGAUUAUUGGAAUGCCAUAUUGCCCGUCUUCAUGUCCACUGAUGAACAAGUCUUAGCUAAUCAUCAAGCAUCUACUACUCGCAAGUAUUUAGAAAUAUUUGAACGUGUCUAUGCCGCUCGUUCUACUGGUCCUUAUAUCUUGGGUGAAGACUUGUCUUAUGCUGAUAUCCUUAUUUAUCAUCUCUUGGAUGACGAUAAUGCUUUUAGUUUACUCGAGGAAUAUCCUCAUAUUGCCACUUUUGUACAAGCCUUUACUCAUCGUCCCAAUCUCGUAGAUUACUUCGCAUCAUCAUCAUAGAGAGUAUACAAACAAAGAUGAACAAAUAAAACUCUUUUUUUUUUUAAAAAAAAAAAAAUCAAUAUCACUGUAGAAAACAUGAUAGACACAUCAUCCUCGUUGUGGGAGGCAUCAUCAUCAUUACAGACCAUCCAUCAUCCACAUCAUUCAUCGUCAUAGUGACCAAAUAAAAGUAUUUUUUCGUUAUCUGGUAA